UGGUGCUUGGCUGAACUAGCAAAGAUUGUUGAAUGCAUGAAACAGAACAGGUUGACAAUUUUACCAGUCUUUAGCAUGUGAAUCCCUCUGAUGUACGGAACCAGAUGGGUAUUCUUGCUACACGGAAACGGACUUUUGCUGAAGCCUUUGCUGAGCAUGAAAGAGAUCCCAAUGUUAAAAUUGAGGAUUUGCAAGCAUGGAAAGCUGCUUUGAAAGAAGUCGGCAAUAUAUCUGGAUGGCAUGUACAACAACACAGUUCUGAAGCAGAAGUUAUCCAAGAAAUUGUUCAAAGGGUACUUGGAGAAUUGAAUCUUAUAUUAUCAAGAACUAGUUCCAAAGAUCUUAAGCUUGUUGGAAUAGAAUCCCGUGUGAGGGAAGUGUUGGAUUUAUAUGUAGAUGAAAGGUCGGGUGGUGUUCGCUUUGUAGGAAUUUGCAGGAUGGGUGGAAUUGGUAAAACAACUCUUGCUGUAGAAAUUUUUAAAAGAAUUUCGGGUAGCUUUGAAGCUAGUAGCUAUAUUGCUGAUGUAAGAGAAAAAACUGAAAAUCAACAUCUAGUUUCAUUACAAAAACAACUUCUUUCUAAUAUCUUUAUGGAAAGUGAAAUAAAGAUAUGGAAUGUUCAUGAGGGGGUCAAUAUCAUAGGGAAUAGAUUACGUGGUAAGAAGGUUCUUAUUGUUCUUGAUGAUGUUGAGGACCAAAAACAAUUAGAAGCUUUGGCUGGGAACCUUGAUUGGUUUGGUCCAGGGAGUAGAAUCAUUGUAACAAGUAGAGAUAGCCAAUUGUUGAAAAUAUGUGGUGUGAAUUACAUAUAUGCAGCAAAGGGUUUGAAUCCAGAUGAAGCUUUGCAACUCUUUAGUUUGAGUGCUUUCAAGAAACCCCAUCCCAAAGAAAAUUAUGUGGAUUUGUGUAUGUAUUUUGUGAAUUACACUAAAGGCCUUCCUUUAGCUCUUAAAGUUUUAGGUUCUUUGUUAUUUACCAAAAGCAUUGAUGAAUGGGAAAGUCUCAUAGAUAAAGUAAAAGUGGAACCUGAAAAAAAAAUUUUGGACAUUCUUCAAAUAAGUUUUGAUGGGCUAAUGGAAACCCAAAAAGAAUUAUUUCUAGAUAUUGCAUGUUUUUUCAAAGGAGAGAACAAAGAUUGCAUAAGAGAGACAUUAAAAAGUUUUGGUUACCAUCCAGACUACAAUAUUGGUGUUUUGAUGGACAAAUCGCUCAUAACCAUUAAUGAAAAUGGAGCUUUGUGGAUGCAUGAUUUACUACAAGAAAUGGGUCAAGAUAUAGUUCGUCGUGGAUCUAAAGAGCUUGGUAGACGUACUAGGUUAUGGCUUUAUGAGGACGUCCUUCAUGUAUUGAAGAAUAAUACUGGAACAAAGGUAGUUGAAGGCAUAAUGCUAAACGCACCUAUUCAAAAAGAGGAGCACUUGGGUGCUGAAGUCUUCUCAAAGAUGAAAAAAAUGAGAUUGCUUAAAGUGGGUGAUAUGGGUAAUGUGAAACUUCCGCAAGGCCUCAAUUGUCUUUCUAAUGAGUUACGCAUUUUAGAAUGGCAUGGAUAUCCUUUGAGUUCCAUGCCAACCAACUUCCAACCUAAUAAGCUUGUUGAAUUGAAAAUGCAUUGCAGCAGCAUCAAACGAAUAUGGAAUGGAAUUAUGAUUUUAGAUGAGUUAAAACUCAUUGACUUGCGUAACUCUCAAAACAUGAUUGAGACCCCAAAUCUAAGUGGAGUCCCAAAUCUUAAGCAAUUGAUUCUUCAAGGUUGUACAGCACUGUCUAAGAUUCAUCCAUCUCUUGGAAAUCUCAAACAGCUUAUUCGAUUAGAUCUGUCUGGUUGCAAGUGUCUUGAAAGCCUUCCUCACAAGAUCAACUUGGAAUCUCUUGAAGUUAUUAUUUUUUCCGGCUGUUCAAGACUAAAGAAGUUUCCAGAGGUUGUAGGAAAUAUGUCAUGUUUGUCUGAACUUUAUUUAAAUGAGACUGCUAUAAAAGAUCUACCAUUGUCAGUGGAGCGUUUAACUGGCCUUGUUAAAUUGGAUCUAAGAGACUGUAAAAACCUUUCAAGUCUUCCGAAUGCUUGUUAUAGUUCGAUGUCUCUAAAAGUUCUCACUUUAUCUGGCUGCUCAAAACUUGAAGAACUACCAGAAAAUUUGGGGAAUCUCAAAUGCUUGGAGGAGUUAGAUCUGAGUGGAUCUGCUAUAAAAGUGCUACUUACAUCCAUCAAACUCUUAAAAAAUCUCAAAGAACUGUCUCUUCGUGGAUGUAAAGGGCUAUCAUUUAAAUCUUCAAAUAAACUCUUCAGGUUUUCUUUCAUGCAACCGAGAAGAAGUCCAGAUCUCAUGGCCAUGUUAGAGUGUUCUUUAUCAGGCUUAUGGUCCUUGACCAAACUGGACCUAAGUCAUUGCAAUCUUCAGGCAAUUCCUGAUGCUUUUCAUUGCUUGUCGUCCUUGUCAAUAUUAAAUCUAGAAGGAAAUGAAUUUAUUUGGCUUCCUAAAAGUAUGAUUCAACUAUCAAAUCUACAAGAUCUUUUUCUGCGUGGUUGCUCGAAUCUUCGAUCAUUGCCAAAGCUUUCAUCAAACAUUAAGUAUAUUGAUGCAACACAGUGUACCUCACUGGAAACAUUAUCAUUAGGAUCAGAAUAUGAUUUCGGCCAGCACUUCAGCUUCUGAAUUGUGUCAAAUUGAUUGAGAAUCAAGGCUACGGUUACAUGUCAACAAUGCUAAGUCGUUAUUUUAUUAAUGACAAGCAUUACUAUGGGCAAGACAGAUUGGCACAUUAUAUCUAUGUUCCUGGAGCUGAAAUUCCGAAAUGGUUUAGACACCAAAAUGUGGGGGCUUCAGUGAGUCUGCAAAUGCCUUCAGAUUUUUGUAACAAAUUGAUGGGAAUUGCUAUGUGCAUUGUUUUCGUAUUCCGCCAACAUAGUCCAUUUGAGUCAUUUGACCAACUUGAUUUUGAAGAUUUGGGGCAUAAUAAAUAUACACAUAAACUUUCAUGUUCCAUUAAAUUUAACAAUUACGAAAUUUUUGGAGUGGCCGAUGGUUUUUCCGAAGAAUUUGGUAAGAUUGAACCGUAUCACCUUUGGCUGCAAUAUUUACCCUCUCAAUUCUUUCACAAGGAUUGGGAAAAAGCAUCGAGUAAAAGCGAUACUAAUGGAUUCAGUGAUAUUAAGAUUGAAUUUAAAACCUGGGGUCUAGGAUUGGAGGUUACAAAAUGCGGGGCCCGUUUGGUAUUCAAGCAAGAUGUUGAAGAUCUCAAACAAACUAUGGUUGGGUCUAGCAGCUGCAGCAUCACUCCUUACAAGGAUGAUUUUGACGAUUCAGCCAGAGAUACCAUAAUUAAGGGAAGCCAUGAUGACUAUGAUGGGAAGGGGCUGGAGAAGGCACCGCACCCAAAGUGGAUACAGUAACCUAAUCUAAUUGAAAAUUGGAUUGGGAAUUUCAAUUCAUGCACACAAUAACAAGGAAACUCAGACAAAGAGGCCAAUGGCUGUGAUGGUGAUGGAGUGGAACUGGGUUCAGCAACUCAAAAACUGAAAGAUUCCAGGAAGGUCACCAGAAAGUACCAGUUGGAGCUAAGCCAGAAAGCUUUGGAUGAGAAUAUAAUUGUGUAUUUGGGAAGAGGUUGUGGUAAGACUCACAUUGCUGUACUGCUUAUACACGUGCAAGGUCACUUGAUAAGGAAGCCCCAAAAGAACAUAUGCGUCUUUUUUGGCCCUAUUGUGGUUCUGUUUUGGCAGGAAUAUAGGACUGACUCAGAAGAUAAGCCUCAAGCCAAAUGGUCGACUUGACAAGGUACACAUUUCAACACAAAAUUAGUUUGUAAAUGAGUACAUGGACAUAAGAGGCAAUGAAGUUUUUGUAUUUGAUGGUGCACGAUGUGACAUAUCUAGCAUAUAUCAUACUAAUAAAUUUAAUGGUCUAAUUUAUCAAGGACUUCUUUUAUUUAUUAAUUACAUAUUACUUUGGAAAAUUUCAUAAAUCCAAAUUCGUAUUUUCAUCUCUCUAAUGUGUUCUUCUAAAAAAUAAAACUCUCUAAUGUGUCAAUUGUUAUAUAAGACAAAUCUUUUUCAGUAUCUCUUUUUUGUCCCCCUUUUUGGCUAUAUAGGGUUACUAGAUACAUGUGUAAGUUUCCACUUUUACAAAUAUAUGAAAAAGGUCUUCUUUGUAAAAUCUAGAACUUUGCUAGACACUAUACAACAUGAUUUAUGAAAGAAUUUCCAAUAGACAAGUAUACUGAAAAGAAUGAUCACAGUUCUUGGUUUUUUCUUCAUUUUUUAUCACGUCUCUUUUUUGUGCUUCAAUCUCAAUAGUUGAAUCUAUGUAGUUUUUCCUGAAUUUUUAUGAGUUCAAAGUAUAUCUUUUACUGCAAUGAAAGAACCAGUGUUCCUCUUUGCACAUAAUGUAUUGGGAAGUGCCAAAAAGGCAAGUAAAAGAAAUUGAUGGAACAAAUUGGCACUUCACUUGGAAAAUGUGGUAUAACUAUCUGGUUGAUAGAAUAUAAUUACUGCUUAAGUGUGUGUAUGAUUGGCAUAGCUCUGAGUUAAGGCAGUAAUAUGGUUGACUAUGAAAGAAGCUUAUAAUGGGGUUAAUGUGAAUGGUCUUCAUUCUAUAUAUUUUGGGUUCGUGCUUACUAUUUUGUCACUCUAUAUGUAUCUUGGG